CUGAAACUGAAUUUUUCACCAAAAAAAUUCAGUCAGAAAAAUGGAGAAGAUGAGAGUAACCCACUCUCGAAAACCCAUUUCUUCUCUCAUUUUCAUUCUUUCACUUCUCUUUCUCACAGCAACAUCACAGAAAAAUCAAGAAGAUGAAGAAGAACAAAGGAUUCUACUUGAGCUCAAGCAAGAAUUUGGAAACCCGUUGGCGUUACAAUCAUGGAAUCCAUCAUCAAACCCUAGCCACUGUACUAAUUGGACAGGUAUAUUCUGUGACAUCAACAACUCAGUUACUACAAUCUCACUUUACAACAUGAGUAUUACAGAAAAAGUGCCAGAUUUUAUAUGUGAUUUGAAGAAUUUAACAUCGAUUGAUCUUUCAUGGAAUUAUUUUCCUGGGGGGUUCCCAGUUUCUGUAUUGAAUUGUGCAAACCUGGAAUUUCUUGAUUUGACCAUGAAUAACUUUGUUGGUGUAAUUCCUAAUGAGAUUGAUAGACUUAAGAAGCUUAAAGUACUUAAUCUGACUGUUAAUAACUUUACUGGUGAUAUACCGCCGGAAAUAGGGAAUUUGGAGUUCUUAGAGAGUUUGAUUCUUACUAGUAACCAUUUUAAUGGAACUAUUCCGGUGGAAAUCGGGAAGUUAUCGAAUCUUGAAGUUCUUGAGAUGCCUUAUAAUGACUUUGUUCCGUCAAAGAUACCGGAUGAAUUCAGUAAAUUGGUAAAGCUGAAGAAAUUUUGGAUGGAAGAGGCGAAUUUGGUCGGAGAGAUUCCGGAAUGGGUUGUUAAUUUUACUAGUCUUGAUCUUUUGAACCUUGCGUCCAAUAAUUUGAGCGGCAAAAUUCCGGAAAGUCUCUUUACGUUAAGGUACUUGACGUAUGUGAAAUUGUUUCAGAACAAGUUAUCAGGUGAAAUUCCGAAGGAAAUUGAGUGUUUGGGUAUGGGAGGGAUUGAUUUGUCGAUGAAUGAGUUAACGGGUUCGAUACCGGAAGGUUUUGGCAAGUGGAAGAAUUUGACAAAUUUGAUUAUAUACUGGAAUCGGUUGACGGGGGAGAUACCGAAGAGUAUUGGUUCACUUCCAUUGCUUACUGAUAUUCGGUUGUUUGGAAAUGACUUGAUUGGUGAACUGCCAGGAGACUUGGGGUUGCAUUCGAAGCUUCAGUAUCUUGAAGUUGAUACAAAUAGACUUUCCGGAAAGUUGCCUGAUAAUUUAUGCCUUGGUGGUGAGUUCUAUGGGAUUUCGGCGUUUUCGAAUAGUUUUUCUGGUGGAUUACCGAAGUCGUUAGCGAAGUGUCCUAGUUUAAAAAAUAUUUUGCUGUACAAGAAUAUGUUGGGUGGUGAGCUUCCAGCUAGUUUUUGGUCGCCAGUGAAUUUGUUGCAUGUUCAGAUACAUGAUAAUAUGUUCUCGGGGGCACUUCCAGAUAAGUUGAGUUCAAGUUUAGAGCGCUUAGAGAUUGGAAACAACAGGUUUACAGGGAGGAUUCCUUUGGGCAUUGGAAGUUCAGCGCAAUUGGUGGUGUUUGAUGGAAGCAACAAUCUCUUUACUGGUGAGAUACCUACGGGGCUCACUGCUCUUUCUAACCUUACUUCUCUGGCUUUAGAUGGAAAUGAAAUUUCGGGUUCGAUUCCUUCCGAUAUCAUCUCAUGGAAGUCGCUCAACACUUUAACUCUAAGUAGAAACCGGAUUUCGGGUGCACUUCCUUCAAAAAUAGGUUCACUUCCUAAUCUCAAUAUGCUUGAUUUAUCUGAAAACCAAAUUUCUGGUUCAAUUCCAUUUGAGAUUGGCAACUUAAAGCUAAAUUUCCUUAACCUGUCGUCAAAUUUACUCUCUGGGAAGCUCCCAUCUCAAUUAGAAAACCUGGCAUUUGAAGACAGCUUCUUCAACAAUUCUGGCCUUUGCUCCAAUACUAAAAUAUCAAACCUUGUAUCCUGCAAUUCCUUGUCUAAUCGAAGUUCACGUAGGCUUUCACCAAAAUUUAUCGCUUUGAUAGUUGUUGUUGUUGUUGUAGUAACGAUACUUCUUGCAGUCAUCUUGGUAUUGUUUGCCAUAAGAAGUAUAUAUAAGCGAAAACAAGAGGAUGAAGAAGAUUCUAUAACGUGGAAGGUGAUAAGGUUUCAGAGAUUAGUGGACUUCAGUGAAUCGCAGAUUUUGUCGGGCUUAACAAAGAGUAAUUUGAUUGGAAGUGGUGGAUGUGGGGAAGUAUACAAAGUAUCCAUUAAUCAUCCAGAUAAGUCUGUUGCAGUUAAAAAGAUUUCAAGUAAAGGGAAAGUGGAUUCGAAACAUGCAACACAGUUUCAAACAGAAGUUGAAAUCCUUGGAAAUAUUAAGCAUAAUAAUGUAGUGAAAUUGAUGGGCUAUAUGUCAAGUAAGUAUGCAAAGCUUCUUGUUUACGAGUACAUGGAAAAUGGUAGCUUGGAUCAAUGGUUACAUCAGAGGAAUAAUGGAUUAUUGCCUUUGAACGAACGGAGAACUUUGGAUUGGCAGAAGAGGUUGAAAAUUGCUGUAGGAGUUGCUCAAGGACUUUCUUACAUUCAUCAUAAUUGUUCUCCGCCUAUUAUUCAUCGGGAUGUUAAGUCGAGUAAUAUCUUAUUGGAUUCCGACUUUAAAGCAAAAGUCGCGGAUUUUGGGGUAGCUAAGAUAGUUCAGGCAGGACAACCAUUUUCAGCAUCCAUUGUUGCUGGCUCUUUUGGAUACAUUGCUCCAGAGUAUGGUCGGACACUCAAAGUAAAUGAAAAGGUCGAUGUUUAUAGCUUUGGGGUUGUACUCUUGGAACUUGUUACUGGACGAGAAGCGAAUAAAGGAGAUGAAGAUAGAAGCCUUGCUGAAUGGGCGUCACACCGGUUUCUAGAAACACCAUUGGAUGCUCUGCUAGAUGAAGAAGUGAAAGAAGGUUGCAACGUGGCGGAAAUGACGAGUGUAUUCAGACUUGGGUUGAUGUGUACAAGUACAUUACCUUCCAAAAGGCCUACCAUGUCAGAAGCACUGCAAUAUCUAGUCAGGCAUUGUUCUUCCCAAGAAGUAUACGAGAAGAAAGCCUUGGUUACUGCUGAUAAUGAUGUUGCUCCUCUUCUUCUUAGUAGUCAUUCUGCUGAUUUGCUUUCUACCUACAAAGGAGGUCGUAGUAAGAAAAGGAUUUCAGAUGUGAAUCACAGCUCCCCGGAAGUUUAAAGUUCCCCCAUAUAGCACUGUGUCAUUUGCGCCUCCAUCGAGAUCAUUGGGUGUUCAGUGGAGAGCUCUUGUACAGUUAGGGACUGUCAUUGUGAGUAGAACUUAUAGAGAACUUAUAGAAAAAUUAUAGAAAAUAUGUUAGCAUUCUGCACUCUGUAGUAGUGUAGUGUUUAGUGAUGCAGAAAAAUUAGAUUUGCAGGUCUUUUGUUAUGUUUGUACAAGUUUUGCCCAAAAUAGAAAUCAACUAAAUAAAAGAAUACAGUGUAUUUGACUUAUAUUACGCCCAUAUACGAUUUCACCAAGUUUGUAA